GCGCACAAAACAGAACAAAUUGGCGAAAAAGACGCGUACUCGUCUCGCGCGCGUUAAUUCACUCUCUGACAGAUCAUGCUCGAGUCGUCGUAGCGCGUAUAUAAUAAUAAUAUAAUAGACGGCCCGAGCAUGUUGUCGAGUCUGAGAAAGGCGCAGUCGGCGUUAAAUGGGCUGAGCAAGCAACCCUUGCCCGGAGCUUGCAGAUGGCUACACGCCUCGUCGGACGACGGCCUGUCGUACAUGCACAACCCGGGCACCGGUCCCCUCCUCGAGACGACUAUCGGCCAUCUAGCCCAACGAGCGGCCGAACGAUGGCCCAAUGAGGUAUGCGUGCACGACCUCGCCGACUCCGGCCUGCGCCUCACCUACUCGCAGCUGCUGCGCCGAGCCGAUCGUCUGGCGGCGGGUCUGCGCGAGAUCGGCCUGCGUCCGGGCGAUCGGAUCGGUAUCUGGGGCCCGAACAGCCAUCACUGGCUGCUGGCCUACGUGGCCUCGGCCCGGGCCGGCCUCAUCUGCGCCGGCAUCAAUCCGUUCUAUCAGCAGAGCGAGAUCGAGUACUGCGUGAAGAAGAUCGAGGCCAAAGCCGUGUUCGCGCCCAGGGCCUACAGGUCGCAGAAUUACGCGGAUAUGCUGCUGAAAGUUAAGGGUGGCGAUCGGUCGUCGAGUUUGGAGCACCUAAUCAUUUACUCGGACGACGAUCACGUGGCCGGAACCAGAAAAUGCAGCGACCUCGAGCUCUUGGCCAGUUCGAUCCAAGUGGAAGCCAUCGGCCGGGAGCAGGACGAAAUCUCGCCCCGGAGCGGCACCAACAUACAGUUCACCUCGGGCACCACGGGCAAUCCCAAAGCCACCCUGAUCUCGCACCGGUCGAUGGUCAACAAUUCGCGCCAGGCCGUCGAGCGUCUGGGCAUCUCGCGGGGCGCGCGCAUCUGCCUCAACGUGCCCUACUUUCACGCCUUCGGCAUGAUCAUGGGCGUGAGCGGGCCCCUUCACGCGGGCUCCACCGUCGUCCUCGAGAGUCCCACCUUCAAUCCCGCGCGAUCGAUCGACGCCAUCGUGCGGCACAAGUGCGACGUUACUUUCGGCACGCCUACCAUGUGGAUCAAUAUGAUCGAUGUGCAGAGACGCACCGGGGCGAGGGUCGAUACUCUGUGGACGGGAUCGAUCGGCGGUGCACCGGCGUCGCCCAGCCUCUACCAAAACGUACGAGAGUACUUGAGAAUGGAUCAAAUAAAGUCUAUUUACGGAUUAACCGAGUGCACGGCUAUCUGCAACCAGAGCCUCGGGGACGAGGCACACGAGCUGACCGACACGACCAUCGGAUACAUCUCGGACCACACGGAAAUUAAAGUGAUAGACGAGAACGGUGAUACCGUGCCGAUGGGCAAGCCGGGCGAGCUCUGCGUGCGGGGCUACAGCACGAUGAUGGGCUACUGGGGCGACGAGGAGAACACCCGACGCACCCUCCAGGCAGACGGCUGGCUGCGCACCGGCGAUCAGUACGUGCUGCGCCCGGACGGCUACGGUCACAUCGUCGGUCGCAUCAAGGACAUGCUCAUACGCGGCGGCGAGAACAUCUUCCCCAAGGAGAUCGAGGCUUUCCUGGAGUCGCAUCCGGCGGUACUGGAGGCGCAGGUCUUCGGCGUGCAUGACGACACGUACGGCGAGGAGGUCUGCGCCUGCAUCAGGCUGAAGGACGACGCGAAGCGAUUUACUAGAGACGAUAUCGUGGAGUACGCCAAGGGUAGAUUGGCCGCGUUCAAGGUGCCCAAGUACGUGAAUCUGCGCAGCGAGUUCCCCAAGACGACUAGUGGAAAGAUACAAAAGUUUAAGCUCAAGCGAGAGUUGGAGGAGCUCGGAGUGGUGCCUAAGGCCCCACCGAGUUAGAUGUUUUUAAUAAUGAAUGAAUUCACUGCGACUGCUUUGCAAAAACGACAAUAGUUUCUCUCUUUAUUUUUAUAUUCAUUGAUGUAUGUUCUAAUAGUUGUUGAGACUCAUUGUUUUGUUUUAUUUUAAAUAUAAAAAUAUAAAUAUAAA